AAUUCUGGGCUCGCCACGCUACCGCCAGCUUCGCCAUCUCUGAUUCUCAUCAAAAAGACGCUUCCAUUGCGAUACGCCCUCACAGGUCAUUUUUGGAGUUAACUGAGAUUUUGUCUGCAGCAGUACACCUAACCCUGGUCCAUUUUAUUGAUGACAGCGCCAACCGUGCUAAUUUCUAGAAAUUUUUGUUGAAAUGCCCCCUACAUCCAGCUCCUAUAACACUUUUCUGCAGAAAGGAAUAUCCCAGACGUUUAUGUUGAUGUCAAAAUGAGUUCUCAGUUUACUGAAGGAGCGACCAUCAAACUAGAAGAAACCUCUGAAAAUGUUACUGAGAUACAGUCUUAUUUGGCAGGUUUUCAGAAAGAAAUUGGAGACUCUUCAACCCAACAAAUAACAGGCGAUGACAAUGAAGCGGGACAAGAAGAAGGAACAUAUUACGUGGACCAAGCUGGUCAUUACUACUUUCAAGCCAAAGGUGAUAGUACUCCAGUGAUGACAGUAAUGCCGUCAAUAGACAACUCAGGAGGAGAAGGCGAGGAGUACAUUAUCAACCAAGAAAAUGAUGAAGAAGGAGAGGAUGCGGAUGAGCCUAUAAUUCAACAAGGAGAAAAUAAUCAGAUUGUUAUCAAUUCCGGAAAUGCCUAUCAAAGGGUGACAGUUGUUCCAGCAGAUAACAAUUCUGGAGAACUUAGCUACGUUCUUAUAGUGCAAGAUCCAGAUAUGAGAGAUGGAGAACAAACGGAUGGUGAACAAGAUAUGGCAGUAUACGAUUUUGAUGAUGCUGAGGAUGGAGUGGCGGUGGAUUCCGAUAUUGAAGAUGAUAAAAGUAAAAUAGUUAAAAUUCUACCCAGGAAGUCCCAAGUGGUAACCCAAGCUCAUAUGUGUAACUACUGUAAUUAUACUAGCCCAAAACGUUACCUGUUAUCAAGGCACAUGAAAUCUCAUUCAGAGGAACGUCCCCACAAAUGCAGAGUUUGCGAGAGGGGAUUUAAAACGUUAGCAUCGUUACAAAAUCAUGUAAAUACACAUACUGGAACGAAGCCACACUCCUGCAAAUAUUGCGAAGCUGCUUUCACAACUUCGGGAGAACUUGUUCGUCACGUGAGAUACCGUCACACUCACGAAAAACCUCACAAGUGCACAGAGUGUGACUAUGCCAGUGUUGAACUGUCCAAACUGAAGAGGCACAUUCGGUGCCAUACUGGCGAGAGGCCUUAUCAGUGUUCCCACUGCACUUAUGCUAGUCCUGAUACAUUCAAAUUGAAACGUCAUAUGAGGAUUCAUACAGGGGAGAAACCUUACGAAUGUGACAUUUGUUCUGCCAGAUUCACCCAGUCGAACAGUCUCAAGGCUCAUAAGCUGACACAUAAUAUUGGAGACAAACCCAUAUUCCAGUGUGAACUUUGUCCUACAACUUGCGGUCGCAAAACGGAUUUGCGAAUUCAUGUACAGAAACUGCACACUUCAGAUAAACCUCUAAAAUGUAAGAGAUGUGGAAAAUCGUUUCCGGACAGGUAUAGUUACAAAUUACACAAUAAAUCACACGAGGGUGAGAAGUGCUACAAGUGCGAUUUAUGUCCCUAUGCAUCGAUAUCUGCUCGUCACUUGGAAUCUCACGUAUUGAUUCACACAGAUGAGAAGCCCUACCGAUGCGAUAAUUGUGAUCAAUCUUUUCGUCAGAAACAGCUGCUGAAAAGACACCAGAAUCUCUAUCACAAUCCCGAGUACAUACCUCCGCCGCCGAAAGAGAAAACUCAUGAGUGUCCAGAGUGCACCAGGGCCUUCCGACACAAAGGAAAUCUAAUAAGACAUAUGGCGGCUCACGAUCCUGACCCAACCAUACAGCGUAAACAGCUCGAGCUGAAACUGGGUAGACAAAAGAAGAUCCAAUUGAUAGAUGGCCAACAGGUUGAGGUUAUGCCUGGCAUUGGUUCGGAGGAUGAAGAAGAGAUAGAUAUGAUGGCUGUUGAAGGAUCUGAUGGUCAGCAGUAUGUUGUCUUGGAGGUUAUUCAACUUGAUGGGGAAGAACAAGCGAUGGUAGUUGGGGACGGAGGUGGUGAAUUGCUCAGUGAAAACAUUUUACCUGAUCAUGAUUUGAAAGAUGAAGAUGUUUUGAAAGCUUUACAGUCCGCCAGGCAAGUAACAAAGCAGGAACUUCCCGAUGAAGAGGAGGAGCUUGACGAAAAAAAAGAUGACAUGAGAAACUGCUUCGGAUUUGAUGAGGAUGAAGAGGAUGAUGAAGAUACUAGGCCAGGAAAGGAAACUAUUACGCUUCUUAGUAAUAUUGGCUAAUAUUUAGGAUUUCAAAAUUUUUUCAUUUUGCUAAUUCACCUAAUCCUAAGUUUGGAUAAGAUAUUAAAGUAAUUGUUUUUUUCUUUAUUUGAUUUUUUUUUAAUGAUCAUUCUUCAUGAUCAUUUUUACUUGUAAAUUUUUGUAAAUAAACACUUUUACAUUUCAUUCUGUAUAUGUUUUUUAUGUAUUGAAUGAUAUGUUACUUUUGAAUAGUAAAAAUUCACAUGAU